GACCCACGCCGUAAAAUACAUGAAUAGUUGUACUGAUACAUUUUCUGAGGUCCAUUUUGCAGUCGCGCACGCGUGAACUGAUCGCUGCAAUCGAUGGCAGUCGUCCGCAGCGCCCUAGUCCACACGACUGCAGCGGCUGCAUUCUUGCUGCGGCGUCCUCCGCGGCCAUGCGUGCGAAUGCUGGCCAGUACGAGUUCGGUAGAGGUAGCAGUGCCAGGAGGCCUGACGCUGCGAGGCACGCGUUACGCCAGCGAUGCGAGCGAAGGCGGCCGCUGGCUCCUACUCCACGGCUGGUUAGAUAAUAGCGACAGCUUCGCAGCGCUAGCGCCGAAGCUCUGCGACGCCGACGGUGCCGCGUUCGCGGACGUCGUGGCUCUCGACCUCGCAGGCCACGGCCUCUCGGACCAUAGGAACGGUCCGUAUCACGCCGUGGAUUUCGCUGCCGACGCCAUCUACGCGGCAAACGAACUCUGGGGCGAGGGCUGCCAUUUUAACGUAGCGGGACACUCGCUGGGCGGCGGCGUCGCCCUGAUGGUCGCGGGCGCGUGGCCGGACCGUAUACGACGCGUGGCAGCGAUCGAAAGCGCGGGAGCGCUCGCCGGGCCCGCCGCCGAUGCGCCGUCGUCGCUGCGGAAGAGCUGCCGACGACCUCCCGUCGGCGGCUCGCGGCGCGUCUUCAGGGACGCCGCCGACGCCGCGCAGCGCCGCGCCGCGAAGAACGUCAUGGCCGACGCGCGGUUCACGGAACGCGAAGCGCUCGUGCUGACGGCGCGAGGAUUAGAGGAGGUCGACGGCGGCGUCCGCUGGCGCACGGACCCCUGGCUGCUGCGACCGUCCCGGCUCCGCCUCGACCCGAGCCAGGGCCUCGCCUUCGCGCGAGCGACGACGGCCCCGGCACUGCUCGUCCUCGCGAAGGACGGCGGCUUCGCGCGGACUGGGCGAUUCGUGGACCCGUCGUCGUGGUGGGUGCGCGUCGGCGCCGCGCUCGCCGCCCGCGUCCGCCCCGGCGCCGCGUCGUUCCGAGGCCUCGGCGGCGCCGCGACGUUGGCGGACCUGUCCGCGCGGAUACGGGCGCUGCGACGGCGUACGGUUGUUACUCUGCCCGCGGGCGGGCACCACGUCCACUUGAGCGAACCCGACGCUGUGGCGGACGCGUUCGUCGCGUGGGCGAACGGCGGCACCGAUGUGUACGGUGCGCUCGGCGCGUAG